CGCGUUUUCUUAGAAUUUAAAAGAUGGGUGGCACAUACGUUAUGGAAGAACCUAUGGAUGUCGAAUCUUUACCAUCAACAAGCGGUUACAAUGAAAAAAAGAAUCAAAGAGUUGCUAAAUUUGCAAACCUACCGUGGAUUGAAAAGUACCGGCCCCAAACAUUCUCUGAUAUUGUUGGAAAUGGAAACACGGUGUCAAGGCUUGCUGUCUUUGCCAAGAAUGGCAACUGUCCUAAUAUUAUCAUUGCUGGUCCACCAGGAGUUGGAAAAACAACAACAAUCCUCUGUCUAGCACGCAUUCUUUUAGGACCAGCCUUUAAAGAAGCAGUAUUAGAAUUAAAUGCCUCAAAUGACAGAGGUAUAGAUGUUGUCAGAAAUAAGAUCAAAAUGUUUGCACAGAAAAGGGUAAAUCUGGAAAAAGGCAAACAUAAAAUAAUCAUUUUGGAUGAGGCUGAUAGUAUGACUGAUGGAGCUCAGCAAGCUCUACGUAGAACAAUGGAAAUUUAUAGUAAUACUACAAGAUUUGCAUUAGCUUGUAAUAAUAGUGAGAAGAUUAUUGAACCAAUACAGUCACGUUGUGCUAUGUUGAGAUAUGGGAAGCUUACAGAUGCACAGAUUUUGGCAAAGAUACUUGAAGUUUGUCAGAAAGAAAAUGUUUCAUAUACGGACGAUGGUUUAGAAGCAAUAGUAUUUACUGCACAAGGUGACAUGAGACAAGCAUUGAAUAAUCUACAGUCGACAAAUAAUGGUUUUGGUCAUGUAAAUAGCGAAAAUGUUUUUAAGGUUUGCGACGAGCCUCACCCGUUACUCGUCAAAGAAAUGCUUGAACAUUGUACACAGGGUGAUAUUUCGAAAGCAUACAUGGUAAUGCAGCAUUUAUGGAGAAUGGGAUAUGCCGCGGAAGAUUUAAUUAGCAACAUAUUCCGAGUGUGUAAAAAUCUACCAAUAGAUGAAACUUUAAAACUGGAUUUUGUAAAGGAAAUUGGAAUAACACAUUUAGGAAUAGUGGACGGAAUUAACAGUUUACUGCAAUUGAACAGUCUUCUGGCUCGGCUUUGUAAAAGAGCAAAACAAUCUUAAAAAUAAUAUUUAUAAAAAUUGUAAUUUUUUAAAAAUAAAAACUGUUUCUAUAUU